GUUAACCGAGAUGACCUAUUAAAUGUGGAUGACAAAAACUGGAAUACGAUUGUUUGCAGACGAUGUGGUUCAGUUAUUUUUCCAGAAGAUCGCGUCAAAUACAUAGGGUUAGCUCUAAGAAUACCGAAACGGACAUUACUUUGUGGUGAUUGUGCAUUUGGUCCAUUAGGCCUGCGAACAAUGGACGAUAAAGAGUUUUGGGUGGCUGUGGAAAGAGUUCGUUAUGUAGAUAAACCAAGAACGAACCCAAAGGCAAGACCAAAAAAGGCCAAGAAGCAGAAGAAUUAG